AUGGCCAUCUCCAAGAUCACCGUCAAGAACCCCAUUGUCGAGAUGGACGGGGACGAACAGACCAGAAUCAUCUGGCAGUUCAUUAAAGACAAGUUGAUCUUGCCCUACUUGAACAUCGACUUGAAGUACUACGAUUUGGGAAUUGAGUACAGAGACCAGACUGACGACAAAGUCACCACCGAUGCUGCCAAGGCCAUCUUGGAGUACGGAGUCGGAGUCAAGUGUGCCACCAUCACACCUGACGAAGCCAGAGUCAAGGAGUUCAACUUGAAGAAGAUGUGGUUGUCGCCUAACGGUACCUUGAGAAACAUCUUGGGAGGAACUGUUUUCAGAGAGCCCAUUGUCAUUGACAACAUCCCCAGAAUUGUUCCCCAAUGGGAGAAACCUAUCAUCAUUGGUAGACACGCCUUCGGCGACCAAUACAAAGCUACCGACAUUAUCGUGCCUCAAGCUGGUGAAGUGUCAUUGAUAUUCAAGCCUGCCGAUGGCUCGCCUGCUCAGGAAUACCCCGUGUACAACUUCCAGGGAGCUGGUGUCGCCUUGGCUAUGUACAACACAGACGAGUCUAUCACGGACUUUGCUGAAUCGUCGUUCAGAUUGGCUUUGGAGAGAAAGUUGAACUUGUUUUCGUCUACGAAGAAUACUAUCUUGAAGAAAUACGAUGGUAGAUUCAAGGACAUCUUUGAGGGCUUGUAUGCCUCCAAGUACCAGAAGCUCUUCGAAGCUGAAGGUAUCUGGUACGAGCAUAGAUUAAUCGACGACAUGGUAGCCCAGAUGUUGAAGUCCAAGGGUGGCUACAUCAUCGCCAUGAAGAAUUACGACGGUGAUGUGCAAUCGGACAUUGUAGCCCAGGGAUUUGGUUCUUUGGGAUUGAUGACUUCUGUCUUGAUGACUCCUGACGGAAAGGCUUUUGAAGCCGAAGCUGCCCACGGCACUGUCACUAGACACUACAGACAACAUCAACAGGGUAAGGAGACCUCGACCAACUCCAUUGCAUCGAUCUUUGCCUGGACCAGAGGCUUGAUCCAAAGAGGUAAGUUGGACAAGACCCCAGAGGUCUCAGAGUUUGCUGAAAAGUUGGAGCAGGCCACAAUCGAAACCGUUUCCAAGGACAACAUUAUGACCAAAGACUUGUCCUUGGCUCAGGGUAAGACCGAGAGAUCAUCCUAUGUUACCACUGAAGAAUUUAUUGACGCUGUUGCUGCCAGAUUGAACAAGAACUUGGGCUACUAG